CAGGUGUGGUUUAGUAGCACUGAGCAUGGCUUCACAAAUCCUUCUAGACAGCCCUGUGAGCACAGAGGCACUGUAUGCAGAGGCAAAAUCUCAGGAAUUAACAAUACAAGGAGAGAUGUUCUCAGGGUUUGAAGUGGUCUGGCGACGAUUUGCAUUACUGUUGUGUAGUUUCGAGCAUGGAGCAACUUGCCCACACAUCGCUCGGAUGCGAAACCGCUGUGCUGAAGGAAUGCAACAAAAAGACGGAGAUUGUUAUUAGCCUUCUGCAAGGAGGGUCCUUGCUGCUUGUACCGUAUGAUUCAGAUUUUAAUCAUAGGCCAUGCUGUAAGAAAGGACACAAGGCACACUGGGCCGUCAUUACAGGUGUCCUGAUUAUCGUAAGUCGGAGCGACCUGGUGAUGCAUCACUUCAGACGCGACCAAUCGCAGCAGUGUCUCUACCAUCGUCACAUGCCCGUGAGAAAGGACUGCCGAUGCCCUCCCAUAUGUCCGCGCCAAAUCCACGAUGCUGUGUUCGUCUAUGCAAGGGAAGGCAAGAGCAGGUGUGUACAAUAUCAUGUUCACGUCUAUAAUGUGCAGUCGGUGGUUUCACUAAGAGAAAAAAUUGGCGGAGAAAAAGCAAGUCGUAGAUGAGUAUAAUAACUGGAACAUAGCUUUUAUAGGCCUAUGUUUUGGAUGUCAAAGUAGCCAGUGUCCAGUGCUUAAAAUAGAUGGUCAAUUUUUGGCGGUAGCCGCAGCUUCGAGUGAAAACCUUGACUGGGUUGAUAUUGCCGAUAACUAAAAAUUUUAUUCACAAAUAGAAAUUUCCCUUCGAAGUUUCUCGGUCUUUUUCUUUUGAGAUGGUUUCUUUGAAGACGAGUUUUUGCUGUUAGGUUUUGCAGUGUGUAAUGACCUCACGUCUCCUGUGUGUG